AUGACGAUUGCAUUUGGACUCUUUAACUGGGUAGAGAGCAAGGGCGGGGUUGUGUGCCAUGAACACAAUCAACAACACAUUACAUCUCCAUUCAUCUUUCUACUCUCUUCUCAGCAGAACAUAAAAAUGCCCGUCACCGUCCCCACCGCCGACUCCCUCAAGGACCUCUUCAGCCUCAAAGGCAAGGUCAUCGUGAUCACCGGCGCCUCCGGCCCCCGCGGCAUGGGCAUCGAAUCAGCCCGCGGUUGCGCCGAAAUGGGCGCCAACGUCGCCAUCACCUAUGCCUCACGACCCGAAGGCGGCGAAAAGAACGCCCGCGAACUCGCCGAGAAAUACGGCAUCAAAGCCAAGGCCUACAAAUGCAACGUCGGAAAAUGGGAGGACGUGCAAAAGCUCGUCCAGGACGUGAUUCAAGAAUUCGGCCACAUUGACGGAUUCGUCGCCAACGCUGGCCGAACCGCUGAUAAGGGUAUCCUCGAUGGCUCCGUCAAGGACUGGGAAGAAGUUAUCCAGACCGAUUUGACGGGUACAUUCCACUGCGCCAAAGCCGUGGGCCCCCAUUUCAAACAACGCGGCAAGGGAUCCUUUGUGAUCACGGCCAGUAUGUCAGGUCACAUUGCCAAUUUCCCGCAGGAACAGACCUCAUACAACGUCGCCAAGGCCGGAUGUAUUCAUUUCGCCCGGUCGUUGGCUAAUGAAUGGCGCGAUUUUGCGCGCGUCAAUUCUAUCUCGCCCGGCUAUAUUGAUACCGGUCUCUCGGACUUUGUGCCUCAGGAGACGCAGGAUUUGUGGAAUUCUAUGAUCCCCUUGGGACGAAAUGGGAAUGCGAAGGAGUUGAAGGGUGCGUAUGUGUAUUUGCUCAGUGAUGCCAGUACCUAUACCACGGGACACGACCUUGUCAUUGACGGUGGAUACACCGUGCGAUAAAUGUUUAUCUGUGUAUGCAUGCAAUGAGAAUCAAUCUUAAUGAAGUCUUUAUGAUCGUCAGCCUGA